AUGGGUAUUUUGUCGGCGCGGAAAGAGCUGGAAAAGCUUUAUUCUUUGGUUACGACACAUGGAAGCACUGCAGAGGUGGCUGCGUAUGCAAAUGCGAUCGUCGGCCUGGAUACUUUGGCUGGCAAAGGCAGCCAGUUGAUGGCCUGUGGUGCAACAGCCCGGGUGCGGAUGUACGACUUUGCAUCCUUGUUCAAAGCCUUCAAGUUCUCGCUGACCUUGCGGAAUGAGCGAAGAGCCCUUGUUUGCAUGGUGGUGGUGGAACGCGGAGCAGCGGAGGACAGGAGGGGCGUGAGAGGAGACGGCACAACGCGACAUCGUGUGUACAAAGCUGCACCACCACCACCAUGCAAACAAGGGCUCUUCGAAGCGUUCCGCAAGGUCAGCGAGAACUUGAAGGCUUUGAACAAGGAUGCAAAAUCGUACAUCCGCACCCGGGCUGUUGCACCACAGGAUCAACUGGCUGCCUUUGCCAGCCAAAGUAUCCAGGCCAUGACUGAGUACAUUGCCGAAGUCGAAGCGCAAACGGAGAAGUUCGGCAUUACGCCCAACUGUUUCAUCAGAUGGAUGGAAGCUGCGAUCUGCGUGAGGGCCCCGGCCUGCGGCCCUGCCACCCAGGCACUGGGGCAGGAUUUGCACUGGAAUCUAGACUUGGAAGCGAAAUUCGAGGCUGCGGCGAACCUGAUUGCCAAAGGCACGCCCACCAAGGGUUCCGCCAGCACAGAUGACAAGCUGAAGCUCUACGGCUUGUACAAGCAGGCUGAGCCCAUGGGCAAUGCCGUGGGUUUUGGGAAUGUGGAAUCCUUGGGCAAUGUCGCCGUGGAGAGGGCCAUCUUGCUGAAGGUGGACAAGGAAGUGAUUGAAGCUGGAUGCGUCCCCAGUGCUUCCAAUGUUGGGAAACCCAUUUGGGCCUCAUGCGUUGUCCAACGUGGCUAUGACUUCACUACAGACCCUCAGGUGCAGAGCAUGGGCUUGUCAUUCUCAGGGGAAGUCCGGGGCGCCUGGUUCAAGGCGGACUCUACCAUCCUGCAGUGGACCGAGGACAAGAGUUGCAGCAGUCAUUCAACUGGAGGAGGCGGCAGGGAGAAGGACUGCACCUAUGACUACAACUUGGAGUGGGUCUCAUCUCCUCAGUCUUCCUCCAAUUUCUAUUGUUACCCCAGUUGGAGACCCGGCUGCCAGAGGAGUGGCUCGCAGAUUCAGAACUCUGGAACCAUUCCAAUUUCGCUUCAACAGACCUUGAACGCUCCAGAUGGCACAGUGGGAAUGGGUUCAUCCACAGACUCCCUCUACUUUCUGGACAACAAGGAGAUGGGUGUCUUUCCAUCGGUGCCAGUGACCGUUCCUUCAGGCCAGAGGACCAGUUUGCUGCCCAACAAGCAGCUGGUGCAGGUGGACGCCACUUCGGUGCAGUUCAGUUCGGUCCCAGGACAGAACUCCAUUGGCGACGUCCGGACCACCUUCACCCAGUCCCAGGUCCAGUUUGGCCUGACGCAGGUAGCCAUCAUCGCCAAGCAGGCUGCCAUGUCAACCAGCAAUGCUCAGAUGAGACCCUGGGACACCCAGUUGCCUGGUACCAUGUCCUUGGUAGAUUGGGCCUCAAUGGGUGGCUUAUCCAAAUCGGACAUGAUCAACGAGAAGCAAAGUGAGAAUGGUGCUAUGGUCAUUGCUUUGCGCUUCGUAGGCUUCAUCUUGAUGUGGUUGGGCCUCCAACUUGUCACAGGGCCCAUUGCACUGAUGCCACAGAUCGUUCCUUGUUGCGGCGAGAUGAUCGGAGAGAUGGUUGGAUGUGCUUUGUGUUGCAUGAACUGCUUGAUUUCGUUGGCCCUCUCUCAUUGA